GGAGGGACGAACACAUUCUGGAUUGGAUCUGACGGAGCAAGUGACAAUGUAGCGGAGUCAGUCUUUCGCGUCGGAGUUGGAAAAUAUUGUAUCAAAUUAUACAAACUUUAAUGUAUUUUUAUAUUUCACAUAUAUUUGUGAUGAGUAGGUUAUGUGUUUACUGGACAUAAGAGGAGUACUAAGAUUCGCUUUUUGUGGGAGACUGACUCAAAAUUACUUUCCUUGAGUUAUUGGAAGGCUACGAUUACUUUUGCUUGGACCUUGGAAGGCUCUCUGAAAACUGCCACCUUGACAUGUAUUCCCGUUUUCUAACAUGCAACAACAACACUGUAUAAGGUUCUGGCCUGCUGGUUCAUGCGGCUCCAUUCCAGCCUUCUCUGUGCUCUGACCACAGCACCCGCCGGGGCCCUCAAGCACAUAAAUGGUAGCUCCACACAACUCCAACCCCUGACACAUUCUGUACAAUAAAAUAUUUAGUAAAUAAAAACCGAAAGAAAGUUGAACAGGAAAUUUAAGCAGCAAAAGAGAUUUUCCGUCUCUCAGGCUUCCCUUGACUUGGCAUCCGUAACCGGACUGGGAGUUGAGACCGCUGAUUUGAGGCUGUGAGUGUCCUCCCCUCUACUGCUUCACAUUCCCUCACCUGUCAGCUGUGUGUGUUUCUGUGAGGACAGUAACUCUGAGGUAGGUUGAUGCGGCUGUGCCUUAGCAUGGCGCUGUGAGGAAGCCGCUGCCUGGACUCUGGACGGACGCCAGUGAAGCGCUUACACACCUUGGACCAUCAUGGGGAAGGAGCAGGACCUACUGCAGGCCGUCAAGACCGGAGACCUGCCCUCCACUCAGAAACUACUGGCCAAGCUCAAAGCCAGCCGAAACAAGUUGUUGGGCUCCACGAAGAGACUGAACGUCAACUACCAGGAUGGAGAUGGGUUCUCAGCUCUCCACCAUGCUGCUCUGACCGGAACUACAGACCUGCUGUCUGUGCUGCUGGAGGCCCAGGCCACCGUGGACAUCAAGGACAGGAACGGUAUGCGUCCGCUCCACUAUGCAGCAUGGCAGGGCAAGGCUGAUUCUGUCCUUAUGCUGCUGCGGGCCGGAGCUGGAGUCAAUGGGGUCUCACAGGAUGGACACAUCCCCCUGCACCUGGCCGCACAGUACGGACACUAUGACGUGUCUGAGAUGCUGCUGCAGCAUCAGUCCAACCCCUGUCUGAUCAACAAAACCAAGAAGACCCCCCUAGACCUGGCCUGUGAGUUCGGUAGAGUCAAGGUUGCUCAGCUGUUGUUGAGCAGUAACAUGGUGGUGGCUCUGUUAGAGGGUAAUAGUAAGGAACCUGCAGACUCAGGCUUUAACACUCCGCUGCACCUCGCCGCACGCAACGGACACAAGGACAUCAUCCGGUUGCUGCUGAAAGCGGGCAUCGACAUCAACAGGACCACUAAGGCUGGCACUGCCCUGCACGAGGCUGCCCUCUACGGCAAGACGGAGGUGGUCAGACAGCUGCUAGAGGCUGGUAUAGACGUGAACAUCCGUAACACGUACAACCAGACAGCCCUGGACAUCGUGAACCAGUUCACCACCUCCCACGCCAGCAAGGACAUCAAGCAGCUCCUACGAGAUGCAACAGGUGUCCUGCAGGUGAGAGCUCUGAAAGACUACUGGAACAUCCACGACCCCACUGCUCUCAACAUCCGGGCCGGGGAUGUCAUAAUGGUCCUAGAGCAGCACAUGGACGGGCGCUGGAAGGGGCACAUCCACGACAGCCAGAGGGGCACCGACCGGGUUGGCUACUUCCCCCCGAACAUUGUGGAGGUCAUCAGCAGACGCUCAGGGGGCACCCUGUCCCGGCACGCCUCUCUGCCCACCCAGCGCCACCAGCUCCUCUCCAGAGCCCCCCACUCCUCCAGCCUGAGCUCAGCCCCCCAGACCGACGACUCCUACACACUGUACACCCCCAACAAUCCCCACAUGGCCCUCCCCCACGCCAUCGGCCUCAGCGCCAACCCAGGUCGGCCUCCCAGCAGCCUCUCUCAGCCUGGUUGUCCCCUGGAGGACAUCUGGGUGCUCAGGAACUCACACACCGCGGGUGACAGGAACAGUGUAGGGAGUACGGGCAGUGUGGGCAGCACCCGUAGUGCUGGGAGUGGACAGAGCACAGAGAGUAACACUGCCCUCAACGGACAACACCACCAGACCACCGCACUCCCAGACACAGCCAAACCAGCCCCCUCUGCUGGUGACUCAGGGCAACCAGUCCCCAAUAAACAGCCUGACCUGACUGCAGUGGUUCUGGGUGCUCCUCGGAGGCCGAUGGUGAACAUACUGAGACCAGGGGAACAGCAGUUUGUCUCCCCACAGUGUGUACGUCCUCAGCAGCUACUGGAGGGCAAGGAUGCAGAGGCCAUCUACCAGUGGCUAUGUGACUUCCAGUUGGAGCAGUACACUGGGAACUUCAUCACGGCCGGCUACGACGUCCCCACCAUCAGCAGGAUGACCCCAGAGGACCUGACGGCCAUCGGCGUCACCAAGCCAGGCCACCGCAAGAAGAUCUCAAUCGAGAUAGGAAACCUCAGCAUCCCCGAGUGGCUGCCUGAAUACAUCCCGGCAGACCUGGGGGAGUGGCUGAGUACCAUAGGCCUGCCUCAGUACCAAAGGAAGCUGUCAGAGAACGGCUAUGACUCCAUCAGCAUCGUACGGGACCUGACCUGGGAGGACCUGCAGGAGAUAGGCAUCACCAAGCUGGGCCACCAGAAGAAGAUGAUGCUGGCCGUGAAGAAGCUGUGUGACAUUCAGAGGGCCAUCCUGGCUGCAGAAUCUGGCCAGGGCACGUUGCGCCGUAAGCCCCCUGGAGCCCUUCACCUGGUCACCAUCGAGCCCCCUGACAGCGCCUCCGACUGCCCCUCGCCCCACACCCCCAAGAUGCUGACCUUCCAGGACAGGGAGCUGAGCGCUGAGCUGCAGACAGCCAUGUCCAGCCACUACCAGGAGGGCCCGGCCAUCAAGAGUGCCGUGGGCAUGUCUCGGAGCCAAGAGAGCAUCGACGCCCGGUCCAGGGGCUCGGGGCGCUCCCAGGACCCCCCCACGGCCUCCAUCACUCCCCACAGCCGCUCACAGGAGAGCCUAGGCGGCAGCAGUACCUCCACCAGCCUCAGUGCUGACAGCAGCCCUGCCAAGGAGAGGAACAUUCCAGAAGGCUGGGACCAGAGGUCCAUACUACAGCAGCAGCUUCCCAAGCAGGUCCCCCUGGGGGCAGCCACCGUGUUCCAGUACCCAGCCAUCCCAGCCAAGCCUAAAGGCCCUGGGUCUCACUCCCUAGGCUCCUCUCCCCAGGGCUCCCCGGCCCAGAGGGGCUUCAGCUACCUCCACUCCCACUGUGGCAGCACCGACGUGGGCCACGGCUCGCCCACCAAGCCCUUGGCACACACCUACCAUGCCAUGACCCUGGCCCCGCCUAAGAAGCGCAGCCAGAGCCUGACACGCUAUGCCCUGUCAGACGGCGAACCAGACGAAGAGGAUGACGACUUGGCUCCGCCCUCUAGCACCCUAGAGUCCUACGCCACCCUGACCCGCCGGCCCGGACGCAGCCAGCUGGCAGGCAUGCAGACCACACCCGUAAAGUACGGCACUGUGGGACGUAGCCAGUCCUUUGCCGUGCGCGCUCGUAAAAAGGGUCCCCCUCCAGCCCCGCCCAAGAGACUGAGCUCGGUGAGCAGUAGCCCCAGCGUUGGGUCCACUGAGAAUAUGGCGCCCUCUCCUGGGGGGGUGGAGACAGACAGCCCAGGGAGCGUGAGGAGCAUCGCAGCCUGUCUGGAGGCCUCCACUGAGGGGAAGAGCCUGUCCAGGCACAGGCUGGACCUCCUCCAACCAGAGCCUCCCCUCCCCAACCUCAACCCCUCAGGACUGGAGCCCAGAGAGGCCUCUGCAGGGAUGAGGAGGAGGGUGCAGAGUGAAUGUGCUCCAGCCCAAACCGACAUCCCAGACCAUUACCCAGACCCAGAGCGAGGGGUGAAGUCAGACUCUGAGGAGGAGGAACCUAAGGCACCGGGUUUGGAUGGCUCCUCAUCCCCUCACAAUAGCUCCAGCGAGUGUAUCCCCUUCGCCGAGGAGGGCAACCUCACCAUCAAGCAGAGGCCCAAGGUGGGAGGGCCGCCCAGGGCCGAGAGCACUGUGGAGAUCCCGGCAGACAAGAACGGGCCCACCAAGACAGCCCUGGAGGUGCCUGAGUUUAACCUGAAGGAGUCAGACACUGUGAAGCGGAGAUACAAGCCUAAAGACCAUGCUGGCAGCUCUCCCACCAGUGACAGUGAGGGCCAGAUAGGGUCAGACUCCAGUCCAGGCAGCAGGCCCCAGUCCCAGAGCUGUGAGGAGGUGAGUCUGGUCAGUCUGAGGAUCAGUGAGGCCAGUCUGGAGGGGCUGGAGAACCUAGCAGUGACAGGCACACCCCUCAAACCCCCUGUCUCCCCCAAGCCUCACAGCUCCCCCGGACCCCCCGUCACAGCCCCAAAACCGUCCCGACACAGUCUGGCUGCUGCUACAGCCAUAGUGCCGCCCACUAUGACUGUCAACGUGGUACAAAGUCUUGCCUUCUCAGCCCCACCAUCACCCACACCCAGCCGGUGUCCCCCAGCCCCAGGGCUUCAGUGCCAGGCAGCCCAGACAGGCAAGCCCCAGGUCUGUGUGGUCGGCCCAGGCCCAGGGAUAGAGUCUGGCCCGGGGUUAGAGGUGGUGCAGCAGCAGAGGCUGGAGCAGACCAGCACCUCUCUGGAGGCAGCACUGCAGGCUGUGGAGAGAAAACUCACCCAGGAGGACAGCACUGACGGUGGGGCUAACACAGUGAAGUCAGCGGGCAACAUUCUGGAUGACAUUGGCAACAUGUUUGAUGACCUUGCUGACCAGCUAGAUGCCAUGCUGGACUAAGCCCUCUAUCCACUCCGCUGACCAGCCCAAUGACCCAUGACCCUUCACCUCAGGAAGUACUAAUGACCAUGAGAGGGAGAAUGGAGCAGGUCACCCCACCUAAGUGUUAUCUCCGACCCCGACGCCCUUCAAACUACAGACCAACCCCCACCACCAGACUAACAGAAAACAUAUGGGACUACAUUGUAGGAUGUGCCAUGGAGUGGGAUGGUUUUAAUGAACAGUGUGGAUCCAGCUCCCUCCUCCCUGCCUCCAUGUUGCCACUUCCUCUCCUUUCAACACCAGCACUUAACUCUGCUCUAGAGUGCUUUGCCAUCAGUCACAACAACCCUGUUGGUUUCAACACAGGGCCUGACUGACUGUAGAUACAUGAGAGGUGGACAACAUACUGUACCAGUACACUGUUGUAUUGGGUUGUUUCAUAUAACACGAGUUAAACUGUGUUGUCCUUUUUAUUCUACCCAACAUCCUCCAUUUCUUUGUCAUGUUGGUGUGCCUUUCUUCCCCUCCUUUCUCACAGUCUCCACCUCUGUGUAAAGUCAUUGUUUGGCCGUAGAGGGAGAGAGAGAGAGACAAUGGGGAGAAGUGUUUUUAUCCUGGCCUAUAGAGGAACCAUUCCUAGACAGAAUAUUACCAUACACUACCAUUUGUAUUAGACACUGUAUCAGUCAUUUGACCUUUGUGUUUCACCAUGUCUGACCAAUCAAUUGGACCUUGUUGAUAUUUUCAAUACUCUUGUAUUUUAUCCAUUUUCUACCAAGUUGACCACAAUGAAAGUGUUUGUCUUCCUCAAGGCAAGGUGCCGCCAGUACGUUUGUGCUGUUAAAAUCUUUAGUAAUCAUUCUUUAGUAAUACAGAAUGACUAGAUGCUAUAUCAUUUCUGUUUUUAUGUAAAACAUGUAAAAGUGCUGGAUGAUAUUGUUUAUACAAAAGGGAAGAAGACCUUUGCUUUUCAAAGCAUAUUUAGCUAUCGUCACUGUCCACACUGUCAGUAUAAGGAGUUAUACGUGAUUUGUACAGCCGAGGGAUGACAUGCAAGAUAUUAAUAAUGUACACUAUUUUAAAAAGAAAAACAAACAUUUUAAUGUAGAUUAGUCCAACUAGUAUUUAAAUUAGAGUAUCUAAAUAUGUAUAUUGUAUACUUAUAGGUAGGUAUAUCUGGGAGCAGAAUCAUAUUCAACCAAAGUUCUUUGUACAGAUUUUCCUUCAAUAUUUCCAGAAAAUGCAGAACCAUUGUUAAGGGGUUCUGGUCUUCCUUAUUGUAACAUGAAUGAACUUAAUUAUCUACAUGGUUAUCAAAAAUGGUCUGUUUUUUUUCCCCUGUCCACCCAGCAUUAUAUGGCUAUGUUCCAUAUUUGGGCAUGCUACAGUACUUCUAGCAGGGGGAAUGAACUCCUCUAUGCUGUGUUUCUGUCUUCCUCAUGAACUUUCAAAUCAUUAACCCUGACUUGUAUGAUUGUGUAGUGUCCUCUGUACUGUAAAUGUUUGUGUCGUUUCAGUGUGAAUGUGAUCCCUGGCUGUAACCUGGGUUUCAUCUCUGUCCUUCUCAGGAAUGUCCCACCUAUUCAGUUCAAGCUGCUGUCACAUUAAACACGCACACCUGACUGUGUUAUGGAAGGAGGAACAGUGGUUUUGAAGAGGUGGGGUGAAGGAGAGCCUUGCGUGAAUGUGAAAGAGGUCUGUGUGUCUGACGGAACUGAGACCUGCUAGAGGCACCUUAUUUAAGAUGGCUCUGUGGAUAUAUAUUAUACUGUCUUGAGUUAUCAACAUCUGUCCUUUUUCAUCCAGCUGGGUCUUCAUCUGGUUACAGUUAACCAUUAAAUAUUCAAGUCUGA